UAGAGUUGGUCUUUCUCCGGCUUCCCGUGCUCACACUUGUGCUCUUUCUCACACUCGUGCUAUCCUGAGCAACCGUCUCACGAGUCCUCUCGUCGCCAGCUAUAUAUAAAGUCGAGUGGCUUUUUAUAACGAACGACCACGAAGUUUUACCUCGAAGACCUCUGGCGCAGCCUACUCAUACAUUUUUGUCGUAAACUUGUCCUCAUAACGCGUUCGAGUGCGUGACAGACAUGCGCUUCGCAACAAUACUUAGUCUGCUCGCUGUCCUCGCGAUUGGUGUGUCCGCUAGCCCGGCGCCCAUCCGCCCAGCGGGCAGAGAUGUCGACGCCGCCGCAUCCCCGCAGCGCCCGCACGUCUACAGUCGCAGGCCCCGCGCGCACCCGUGAAAACGCACACACCCCAUAUCUCCUCUACCCCUAUUUUUAUGCAUGGACCCUUGUACAGAACGGACAGCCUUGACCCUUAUGACACGGACACGCUAGACUAUUCACUCGUUCUACGACCACAGUCCUUUUUAUUGUACAGAACGGACACCAUCCAAUCGCAUCGCUAUGCCCGCUACGCACCUCACGUUUUACGCCGUGCUGCUUACCAGCACAACGAUCCUGUAUCCUGUCAUACUAAAUACGUAUAUUCUGUAGCAUCUUCUGUGCAUAACGGACGAUUUCAUUUAUGUG